GCGUAGAAGUUCAAUUGGACUCCCGUCGAAUUUACAUUUUGCAGCAUGGUCAGUCUCAUCAUUAUCCAUGUGAUGCAGGUCAGCAUAACGCUAAUUGCCACUGGUUUCAAACGCCAAGAAGAAAGUGAUAUGAGGCCCCUUCAGGGAAACCAACUAACACAGGGAGAUGCUUCACUUGGAACUAACAGACGACCUGCGUCCUUUUUGGAAGGUGGUUCAGUGGAAAUUCCUGAGUUCCUCAGGAAAAAAGGACGAUCGCGCUAUCCAAGAGCUUAAGUUAGUCCUUCAUUUUCCUGCAUGUAUAGUACUUCCCUUUUUC